AUGCCGUUAAACUAUAAAAGCAUUUGUAUUGCUCUUUACGAUUAUUCGGCUCAAAAUGACGAUGAGAUAUCUUUUAAGGAGGACGAUGUACUCUAUAUUUUGGAAAAUGACGACGACGAAUGGUGGAAAGCCAAAUUAAAGAUCAAAGAAGGUGAAGGUGAAGCCGAAGGUCCGAUCGGUGUUGUACCAAGUAAUUAUAUACAAGAGGCUGAAUGUUCGACCGUAUUGAAAGCAAUAUACGAUUAUGUUGCUGAAUCUGAUGAAGGAUUAUCAUUUAGUGAGGAUGAUAUAUUUUAUCUUUACGACAAAGAUGAUCAGGAUUGGUAUUUAGUUAAACACAAUGAUACUUUUGGUUAUGUGCCGGCUUCCUAUGUUGAAGAGAACAAACAAAGAAGGUCCUUAUUUGAUGCUGUUUCGAGUGCAACAGAACAGAAUUAUGUAAAUCCAUUAGAAUUAUAUGCUCAUAAAGUUUCUCGUCAAAAAAUUGGUGGUGGAUCAUCUGCACUUAAAAUCCAGACAUGGUCAGUUGUGGAAAAUAUUAACGGAAAAAAAAAGAAGAAAAAGAAAGGUACAUUGAGUGUGGGAGGUGAUAUAGUUGUCUAUGCUAGUGAAUCAGACAAGGCGCCUGUUCAGCAAUGGAAUAUUAGUGAUUUGGUGGAUAUUAAACAUGAGAAAAAACGUGUUAUAAUAUCAUUCGGGGGUGCUAAAGCAGCCAAUUUCGAUUUCCAAGCAAACAACAAAAAUGAAGCAGAAGCUAUUUAUAAUAAGGUGCACGAAAGCAUGAAAUUGCCAACAGUCAAUUUGGAAUUAUCGUCACCCACAAGAUCAACUGAAACAGAUGAAGUAGAUGAAGUCGAAUUAUCGUCACCCAAAUUUUGCGUUGCGAUGUAUGACUUUGAUGCACAGGGAGAUGAUGAGUUAACUGUACGUGAAGGUGAUGAACUGUGGAUUAUUGAUGAUCUUAGCAGUAGGGAUUGGUGGAAAGUUCGUAAGGGCAACAAAGAAGGCGUUGUACCUUCCGCUUAUAUUGAAAUACGCGAAGAUAACGUUGUUUAUGAUGAUGAUGAUAACAAAGAAAGUGAGCGGAAACGACGCGAGGCAGAAAAAAAAAGGUUAUUAGCGGAAGAAAAACGCAAACAAGCGGAACUCCAAGAACAAAACCCACCAGCAUUGCCAAGUCGACCACCUGUUCGCUCAAGACCAUCAUUUGAAAAUGAAGCAGUGAAAAAAAUUCAAACCCCCACCAAUCGUGCACUGCCAGACAGACCAGCACAAGCACAGUCCAAAUCUAAACCCAUACCAUCAAAAACAAGAACGUGGACAGAUAGAACUGGUGCUUUUAAAUCUGAAGCACAAUUUAUCAAAUACGAAGACGGAAAAGUACAUCUUCAUAAACUCAAUGGUGUUAAAAUUUCAGUACCUGUUGAAAGAAUGUGCAAAGCAGACCUUCUUUAUCUGGAAGAGGUUACGGGAGAGAAAUUUGAUGAUAGAACCGACGAUAUUCCUUUGGCAGCUAUUGCCGCUGCCCAUAGGGGUAAAGAGACUUUAACAAACAGCCGUAGGGCAGAUUAUGAUUGGUUUGAUUUCUUUCUCAAAGCUGACGUUGCGCAUGAAGAUGCGUUUGAAUAUGCUCAAGCUUUUCUGCUUGAAAAAAUGGAUGAAAGUUCAAUUCCAGAUCUGAACCGUAAAUUGAUGAAAGGUCUUGGUGUGAGAGAAGGAGAUAUAAUUCGAAUAAAUAAAUAUAUUACCGAAAAUUGUGUUCCGUCAAGAAGGAAAAAUGUAAGUUUCGGGGCUACUAGUAUUAUUCCAGACGAAAAUUCUGGAGAAAAGAGAGAUCAAGCCUAUACUAAAAAGGUUCAGAACGAGGAAUAUGAAAAAUCUCAACCUUUAUCGGAAUUCGACCGUAAGAUGCAAGAGAAACGUGAUGAACAAUUGGCCAGAGAACUUCAGGAGGAAGAAAAUCGAAUAGCUCGUAGUGAAGGACGUAAAGUUCCAAAAUCCGCUGAUAUAUACGGUAACUUGGAUUCAAUUAUUCAAAAAGAGGAUAAAAAUAUUUCACAAAAACCUGCUCCAUUAUUAUUUUCUGAAAAUAAUGGUGUAUUGAAAAAUAACACCAAAAAAACACGCCCACAACCAUCAAAGACAGCGCCAAUUCAAAUUGAUGCUAGCAGUUUUGCUCCAUCCAAAGAAAAGAUUGAUGCAGCAUUUACACCAUCAACUCCAUUAUCUGAAAACGAUAAAUUCGAGGACAAUGCUUGGAAAACAACCACACCUGUAAAACCUGCAUCUUCAAUGGCAAAUUCAAAUACUGCUUCUAAAUUUAAUUGGGGCUCAAGUACCCCGGUUUCCUCUGCUGUAUCCCCAGUUCAGUCACAAAUGGUUCCACAAUCGUCUAUGAUUCAUACACAAGCUCCGCCACCACCACCACCACUUGCUCCUCCUAUUGUUGUACCCCUUAAUGCAACCCUUCAACCACCAUUGAUUCCCGCCAAAUCAGUGAAAACAUCACAAUUUAAUACACCAAAUCCUUCCCAAAGUUCUAAUUUACUUAUGAACAAUUUCAGUGGACCAAAUUCAACAUUCCUCAGUACUAGCCCGAACAACUGGAACAAUACUGGCAUAUCAUCAAAUUCAAUAAAUUCAAUUCCUACAUAUAAUAAAUCUCCCGAAAUUAAUCAAUUUAACCUCAAUCGACCAACAUCGUCAUUCAAUUCACCUUCCCCUCAACAAACAGUCCAACAAUCUUCACAAUCUUCAAUAUAUGAUCCUCAAAAUGUUUUUGCAUCAAUGAGAGCUGGUCAAAUUGGUCCCAAAAUACCGCCCAGUAAUUUAACCGAUGUUAACAAUGAUAAAUAUUCUGCGUUUAAACAAGUGGACCCUCAUGCUUCAAGCGUCUUCACCAAUUCAAUACCUACUAACCAAAUUGGUGGAUUUAAUACACCAACAUGGAAUCAAACAGGAAUAAAUACAUUUAAUCCAGGCGUUCCUCAAAAUAAUCUUGGUUUCCCUAAUCCCGGGUUUGGUUUGGUUGGAGCACCACCACAACAAAUAAGACCAAAUCAACAAGGUUUUAAUCCUACUGGAUUCAAUAAUAAUCCACCCUAUAAUCAAUAUAAUCAAGGAGGGUUUAGUUCCGGAUAUAAUGGUAGACAGCACUAA